UAUUAUAUGGUACUGAGGCCGGUGGAGCAGUUCUUUUUGUCCUUCUUCUCUACCUUGUUAUGUCCAACAAUAUUGUUCUGGUUUCAAUGAUUUUCGGCUUGUUAAUAUCCAUCAUUUUUCUCUAUCAACUUCUAAGGAGGCUCUGGCUUUCUGUUGGCUUGGAAUCAAAAUCUCAACCUAAUGAGAGGACUUCUCAACCUGCGACUCGAAAACCUAUAAGAUUGAAGCUGCUCAUAGACAAGAAUAGGAGUCGAGUUGUAUUCGCGGAGUGUGGCAAGGAUUUUGUUGAUGUGUUGCUUAGCUUUCUUAUAUUGCCGAUGGGAACAAUCAUAAGGCUGGCUAAUAAAGAAUCAAGAAUUGGGUCCAUGGAUGAACUGUACAAGAGUGUGGAAGCUCUUGACAAAAAGUGUUUCAGGACAAAGGCUUGCAAGAACAUGCUGCUCCAACUGAGAAGUGCGCAUGGACUGCAGUCCAACAAGUUGAUUGUGAAGAUUGAUGGAAUGGACUACACCAAGUUCUACACUUGCUCCAAGACUCCAUGCUUGAACAACGAGUCCUUUGGAUUCAUCAGUUUGGUGGAGAAUUCGAUCUGCGCUUGUGGAAAACCGAUGGACAACAAGCUGCGAAUCAAGUACGCAGAUGGGAAGGCAGAUGGGGGAUUCAUCACUAGAGCGCAGAGGUUUAUCAUAAGCAACGAUUUGCAGAUUCUCCCUGCAUCAAUAUCUAACACACGUUCGCUCCUUCUGAGGCACGAAUUCAGAGACAACACCGGUGUGCAAGAGCAGCACAUCAAUAUUGGUCUUGAGGAGGUGCUGCAGCUGCUUCAUCAAUCAAUGCUCUCCAAGACACCCCUAACAGAUGUUUUUCUGCAAGAGAAUAUGAGCAUGGAUAUCACUUCAUCACCUGAUUCAUUACACCUGCCUUAUCAACAGCAGAUGAAUGGCAAUUCCGACUCUGAGGAGAUGAAUGUGAAACUAUGGUUUAGCAAGUCAACAAACAGGGUAAUUUGCAUCGAAGCAAGAGAAGAUUUCGUCGAUUUUCUCUUCUCCUUCCUCACAAUUCCUCUAGGUUCCAUCAACAAGCUAUUAAGGGGGGACUCUUGCAUCGGAAGCAUAGACAACUUGUACAAGAGUGUCCAGAUGUUGAGCGCAAUGGACAUCAUCUCCCUGAGGUGCAAGGAAAUGCUUCUGAGCCCCAAGCUCGAGCACAUGUUUGGCUGUGAGAACCGGUUGCUUGAAGUCGAAGAAGAGGUGACUCCAUCGGAGUUCAUAUACAACAAGUGCUAUUCCUGUUCUCUGCAGAAGAAAACAUGCUUGCACUUGCAAUUUCAAAGGCUUAAAAUCAUGAACCCCAAAUGGCGCGGCACGACAAAAGGUGGCGGGGGUUUCAUAAGAGAACAAGGGUCCUUUCUGGUCACUGAUAAUCUUAUGGUUGAAACUCUAUCACCUGCCUCUGGUAUGAGCAGACUUGACAUUCCCUUUACAGAUUUGGAAGAACUAUCAGUUACAGUUGGAAAAGAAGAGGCUUUAACUCUUCUCAGAGGUGCUCUGACUUCUAAAAGUGUCCUCAAUCAUGCUUUUAGCUCACGAGUGAUAGACAGAAAUCUUUUGUAUUACAGCUAA